AUGACCCCACAACCCGGAGCCACGAAAGUUAGGGUUUUGACAGCAAAUUCCGCGAAUUCGACCUCGACCCUGAUGAGACAAGCUCGAAGAACCCAGAGAUUCGACAAAUCAAGGAGGGGACUGGAAGCAAAAGCUCCGAGCUUUGAAGAAAUUGAAGGUUUCGGAAGAAGGGGAAAUCUAGAGAGCGAGAGAUUCACAAAGGGAGAGAAGGAAAGACGAAACCAAUUAAGAAAAAAGGCCCACAAGGAGAAGAAGAAGAAGAAGCAAAGAGUCUUCUUGGGCUUCGUUAAACUUUGA